GAUCACUUGGCACACUUUACGCAUUCGCAUUGUUGGGCGAACAAGGGUGGUCCAUUUUCCCCGUCCCGAAUGUUCAUUUAUUGCCACUUGGCAUGCGCGAGAAUGGCGCUUCUCAUUUUUCCAAAAAGGUCAAACGAACAAAUGGGCAAACGAGCUGACCACUUUUCGUCGAAAAAACGCAGAACAUUUUGUGAUGAGACAAAGUAGGGACAGCUGCUUCAGCGUGGCUUCCGCGUCAUUUUCCCAUUUUGCGGGACCCCCCCGGACGGGAAUCGUUGCCCACGCAGGUGCGUACAGAAGUGUACAUAUCUGUGCGCGUGAAGAUAUAUGCAUGCGUGUACAUAUCUGUGUGACUGCACAUAUAUGCAUGUGUAGACACAGGGAGAAACGCACACUGAUUGGCCUUUCCCCCCCAUUGCGCUGCAAAGCGUGCCACUUGCUACAUGGUCACCGCCCCCUACUCCGCUGCCCCGCUGCUCCACCCCGAGAAGGCACAAAAUGGAGGAAGCGAAGAUCGAGGCCGCCCUGCACAUUUGCAACCUCCUCCCGGCGCACGUAUUCGAGGAGACGAUCAAACUGUUAUCCAAAGUUGACCAAAACUUAACGAACAACAUUUUGAUAAACAAAGAAGGGCCAAUCAAAAUCAAAUUCGAUAGCCAGCAAAAUAAGCACUACCUUGGGAAUAUGUUCAACAAGGAAAAGGAUUCAUAUAGGUCUCCCUACAGUAAUAGGUACUACCCUGAGCAUUACCCAAAUGGGUACAUCCCAUCGGAAUCUUUGAGGAUGCUGGAAAUGUUAUAUAACGAAAUGUAUGACCGGUACAGGAAGGCAUACUACAUAGGAGGGUUGUCUUCCGUUUAUCUGUGGCCAAAUCCAAUCGAAGAAGGAUUUGUCGCGUGCUUUUUAAUUAAGAAAAAGGAAAAUUAUGACCCAUGCACCAGUCUGACAUGGGAAGGUACUCACCUUAUACAAGUGAGCAUAACUCAUGCAAGAGUUUACUACCAAAUUUCCACCACGGUGAAUUUUUUUAUUAAGAAAAAAAACGAAAUGACCCUGUCUGCCUCCAUCAACAAAGCUUUGGAAACCCCCAAGAAGGUGUCCAACGUGAAUUUGGUGAAGGAUAAAUAUUUCCACAUGCACAACAUGGGCAAAAUGAUUGAAGGUAUAGAAAACUCGCUCAGGAAAAGUAUUGAAUAUAUAUACUUGCCAAAAAUGAACGACAUUUUGAAUUCCAUUCGGAUGGACGAUUCGUUUGCGUCUGCUUGGCAUAAUGCUGAUAGGAAGGCCGCUCAGAACUUGCGCACCAUUUCGAGCAACAUCGCUUUAUCGAGAGGGAGUGUACAGGACGAGUUGAGACUGAAACUGAAAGGAAGAAGUUUCGACGCCGGGGCGGAGUACUCCCUUCGGACGUGA